AUGCCGGGCUCGUUCGGCGUUACUGUCACGGUUCGGAGUGUGUACGACUACACACCGAAAGCUGUCGACAAGCUUCUGAACAGCUACCGCAGCAGUUGUCCGUACUCGUACCAUGUGGAGUGUCGCUUCAAUCCGGCCAAGCAACAGUUUGUGCUCAAAGGAGACGGCAAACUGAUGGAAUAUGCCGUGCUCGACUUCAUGGACUAUCUGCACCAAAUGACCGCCCGGGAAACCAACAAACCCAAUCCGGAGCAGCAGAUCGUGAGGUCACCGGCAACUCUUUUCAAUGUCAACCCGGUGCUCUGGACCGAGAACACGUUUGUUCAGUCGGCGCCGGCGGCCCCGAGCACUCUCUGGGACGGCGAGGAGGGCUUGGUAUGUGGUUUCUUUGGUUUGCUGUUUGCGAGUGCAGUGAUGAUGGCUGAUGAAUGGAUGUACAGCCUGAAGCAGGUUUGGGAACCAAAGGUCAGCCAGGAGGAUUUCAGCUCGAUGCUGAACCUCGAGGGCAAUCCCACCAAACUUGACCAGCUAAAACGCCUCUACGAUUGUGCUGUAUCCCACGACUGGGGCAGGCGUACUGUGACGAUUGGGGCAAACGACGUGGGCACCCUUGAAAUGGUAAUCGGAAAGCUGGACAGGGUAGCGGAAUUCUACAACCGCAAAUUCACGCCAAUCCUUACCCACUGCGUAAAUGGCGAAGACAAGGCGAAGUUUUUGCUGAGAUUUGUUUCGUUUGCCAAUCAAUCCGGUAGGGCGAGAACCACCUAUUUCGACAACACCUCGAAAUGGAACGAGAUGGAUCUCGACCGGUUGUACUCUAUACGCUUGUUGGAAUACGACUACACAUCGUAUAAGCACAAGAGCUGCAGGGUUGAAACUGGUCUUGUCCAUUCGGCCUACAAGACUCCGGAUCACAGCGAUUGGGCCGGCUACGUUUUUUGUACGCGCGAAGCCUCAGACCAACCAACAUCGUCUUCUCAAGCGGAUAUGCCUCUAACGUUUUUCAUGGGACCGAAUCAGCCGACAUUUAGUUACCAGCCAUCGAUCAGUAGUCAAUCAGGCCUUGGAGCCGGACUGGAUCUCGGUUCACGUCCCACGGAUUCCGAUGGAGGCAUCACAGAGUCAGUAGUGACGAGGCACCCUCGCGAGCGUGACACCCUUCCAGGUACUUUCUUGGGAACUAGGCCUACCGAUUCCGAAGAAGAUACUAGUGCUCCUAGCACCACCACCCGGCGACCUCGAGAGCGAGUUCCCGCCCCGAAGCCCGCGGUCGGUCUUGAUUUCGGACCUCCGCCGGUUGAUAACGAAAAUCAAGACACCUUUGGCGUUACUCGACGGCUUCGAGAGCGAGUCACCGCGCCGAAGCCCAUCGGCGUGCGCAGACCUGUUCAGGCUCAAAAGGCUGAAGAGACUGAGGCUGUUGCUGAGCCUGCCACAAGGACGUUGAGGCGCACAGUCAACCAGAAGAUGCCCAGACCGAUUCACAGACCCGACGAUCCUGAAACUCUUCGCAAACACAAUUCGAAGAAAACCAACGAAACCCUCUUCCACGCCCUUGAGUACGCUCGUGGUUGGCACGGCGAACUGAAGCUUGAGGCCAAGGUGGGCCGGUUGAUCUUCCUUGACGUUCCUAGAAAGAUAGUCAAGCAAGAAUCGGAUUGGCAGAAGUGGGACUCUAUCGUGAAUGCUCCAGCCGAAGAUAAGAUCAAGUCCACAUUCACCAGGAUCAUGACUACGCAGCACUUCGAUAUGGAGUACAUCAGAGACCUUAAGAUUGCUGGUGGAGAAGAGCUAUUUUUACCGAAACCGAUCAGUUACAGGGUGACUUGGGAAUUUCAGUUGGAGCAGCAGGGAAAGAAGAGGACUCUCUGUGUCGAUGGCGAGACUUUUCAGGCUACGCUCUACGGCGACAAAAAGAACUUUGGAGCUGUGAACAUGGCCAAUCCCCUCCACUCGUGGGACUACCGCGUGGAACUCGUCGGAAGGAAGCUUAUGGAUAUCAACUGCGACCCGUUCAUCAAGCACAUUUACGAUAGUAUCGCUUGUACCACUACCGAUGGACUUCCUGAGGUCAACUUCGUCGUCGAUGGUCCUUCCUUGGUGAUCAAGCGAGUCCUGCUCAAGUGCGAGACACGCCACAGCGUCUACCUGGAGCGCCAUCGCCGAGGAGUCCCGAUGGAACUCGUCAUCACCGAAGUCCAGGAGACCCAUAUGUUGUCCAAGACGGUCGGAGCCGACAAGAAGUAUCGAGCCUGCGUCCUUCAAAAGAACAAAAUGAGGCAGAACGCGAGGCUCUACUACACCUGUUCCAUCGUUCCCACUGAGGCCAAUGCCCUGUUGAAGCAGAACCUCGAUCUGGACGUGGGCGGCAUGUCGGAUUGGUCGUGUGAGGAAGUUCUGAGGCUCGAAGGUAAGGCUGGCGGUCUGCUGCUGCCUAGCCUUUUGAGUGUUCUCAACCAGGUGGUCGCAAAGCUUGACGAUGUGGGUUCAACCAAUAGCGCUUUCCUUUGA